GUGUGGUACCAGGUCGCUUUACGGGAAAAGACUGCUCCAAUUUAGCCUGAAAUUACCCAACUUUAGACUUUUAUCACGGUGCUCAAUCUGUAAAAAGAAUCACCAAACUGAUAAAACCAGUACAGCGUGGAUCAAACUGGUAAAUCAGGGUGCCGAGACAACUGUCAUUCGAGCGAAAAAGAAACGGACAACUCUCAAGCCCACAGGGUAACUGACAAAGGAUUUUACGACACAGUGAGAGAUUAGAGGGUAAUGUAUAUAAAAAUAUGCAAGAAUCACAGGAAACUCACAUAUCCAACCACCUGGAUGAAAUUGUUGCUGCCGUCAGCAUAACACCUAGAAAGAAACUGCAAAACCAGCUGCUUCAGAGAGCACUGUUCCAGCCUCCUCGGGAGAAACUCCGCCUCUCUGAAGAGAAAGCAAAGUCCUAUGCCAGCAGUCAUGAGUACAAAAAGGCUCUCCACGAGCUUGUGCACUGCAUGGCUCUGACAAGGAUCUGCUAUGGUGAUGCCCACUGGAAGCUGGCCGAGGCGCACGUUAACCUGGCUAAGGGUUAUCUUCAGCUGAAAGGAAUGUCACUACAAGCAAAACAACAUGCAGAAAAAGCCAAAGAAAUCCUCACCAGCUCCAUUGUGCCUCCAUACAAUGACAAUACAGAUGUUUUCAAGUGUUCGGUUGAGCUGUUCCAUACCUUGGGGCAAGCCUUACUGUCCCUUCAAAAGUUCAAGGAAGCGUCAAAGAAUUUGACAAAGGCGGAGAUACUUUCAAAGGAGAUGCUCCAAUGUGGAAAGAUUAUAAAAGAAGAAUGGAUGGAAAUUCAAGCGCGGAUCAAAUUGUCAUUUGCACAGGUAUAUCAAGGUCAGAAGAAAUCAAAAGAAGCUCUGCCCCACUACCAAGAGGCUUUAGAAUAUACUGAGAUCAGUAGAGGUGAAAAAAGUCUUGAGUGUGUACCAAUACUGAGGGAAUUGGCAGCUGCAGAACAAGCCCUGGGAUUUCAUGAUGCAUCCAUCAACAACCUUUUACAGGCGCAUCUCAUCAUUCUGAGAGGAAGCCCCUCUCGAGAGGAGGCAGCCACGUCCGCACACUCCAUCGCCUGUGCCGCUGUCGCGUCUGGGAGGCCUGAGCACCAUGAUGUGGCUGAGCAGUAUUUUCAGGAUAGCAUGGCUAAUCUCAAGGAUGCUGAAGGGAUGGAGAAAGCCAAGUUUCUUUCAAUUCAAGAUGAUUACUGCCAUUUCCUACAAGUCACUGGACAAGACGAGAGAGCCACUUCAAUCCUCAGAGAGUCCCUGGAGGCCAAAGUGGCAGUGUUCGGUGAUUUCAGUCCUGAGGUGGCAGAGACAUACCGGCUCCUGGGUGUGGCCGACCUGGCACAGGGGAACCAGACCGGGGCCCACAAGAAACUGAAGAAGUGUCUUCAGAUCCAGACCCUCUUAUAUGGACCCCAGGACAAGAGGACUCUGGCCACCCAGCAAACCAUGGACAUCCUGUCCAAGGCCCCCGAGGUGCCCGCGAGGCCGCGGCCGUCCCCCGGAGCCAAGGCGGCCUUCUGCGCCGGCGGGAGGCCGCACAGCGUGCCCGGGCGCCCCAGGCCCAGCGCCGCCGACUGA